UAAAAAAGAAAAGGCGAGCGCUGUGGUGGUAAACGCGACUCUAUCCUGCUUUUCCUUGCCAAAGCCUGGCCCAAACCAAACGUACCUGCCUCCGUCCUUUCACUAUAAGCCAAGCCAAAGACACCUGGCCUCUCACUAGGCACAAACCAUGGCGAUGGCCGGACCGUCCACCACUCUCCCUCCGCCGUCGCCGGAGAAGGCGGUCGAUGUCCUCCCCGUGGACAGCCUCCUCAACAUUCUCCGUCGCCUCUCCCUCGCCGACCUUCUCCGUGCCGCCCUCGCCUGCCACCGCUGGCGCCGCCUCGCCGCACGCUGCCUCCCCCGCACCGCCCCUCUCCUCGGCCACUUCUUCCACACCACAGCCACCGGUUUGCCGCCGCUCCUGCACACGGCAUCCAAGGACACCGUCAUCGACGCCCCCGCGGUCUUCGCUCCCCUCGACGCCUCCGCACCGAACCUCUCCCUCGACUUCGCUCCGGAGGCCUCCCGCUUCGUGCUCCACGACUGCCACCAAGGCCUCCUGCUUCUCGAACCGCUCGCGUCGCUUCCCAAGGGGAUCCUCCCACGCCUCCUCGUCAUCGACCCGGCCACCCGCCGCCGCGUGCUCCUCCCGCCGCCACCGCGCGACACGGUGCCCGACGACCACCGCUGGCGCAGCUGCAGGCACUACGUCGGCUCCGGGCUUCUCUCCCGCGCGCACCAGAGCAAGCUCUGCUUCGAGGUCGUCUGCAUCUCCAUCGACGGCGGGCACCCCCGCGCCUGGGUCGCGUCCGUCGACGACGGCCAGUGCCGCUGGCGCGCGCUCCCGCGGACCACGGAGGUGGAGGUCAGCUUCGACCCCUGGUGGUUCGAGUCGCGCUGCGUGCACGCCGCCGGGAAGCUCUACUGGCAUAUCUGCAACUCCGGCCGCGUGCUCUCGCUGGACCCUUCCACACUGCACUUCUCUUACCUGCUGGCGCCGAAGGAGAUGCCCAGCUUCGGCAAGUUCCGCGUCGGGGAGACGCCGGACGACGGGCGGCUGUGCAUCGCGACCGUGGAGGACCAGCUGCUGCGGGUCUGGGUGCGUGGGGAGACCAGGUGGAGCGACGAUGGGUGGUAUCUGGAGAGGGAGAUGAAUCUUACCAAGGUGUACGACUCGGUGCCGGGCCUGCCCAAGGACAAGUGCCUCAGGAUCUUCAGUGUUUGGCUCAGCGACAUGGACGCGGGGCGUACCGGCAAGUUGUUCAUCAGAACCAUGGGGUAUGGGCGCUACUCCUUACAUCUGGACACGGCCAAGAUCGAGCGCCUGCACACCAAACAUGGCAAGGAGUACGGCCACCCGAUGUGCGCCUACUUCCACGCGUGGCCGCCUGCCUUCCUCGCUCCAGAGAACUGACUUUCUGGUGAUUGGUAUAACCUUUCCUCUUCAUCGAUGUUGCCUGACCUUGUGCUUAAUUCCUCAGAUCAUUUCCUAUGUGGUGCCUUGAGUUGUUUGUUGCAUGUUCAUGUUCAUGCGUUGGUACUUGGUAGCACAUAUCUGCAUGAAUGUGGAGCAAUCAUUCCGAAAUACUGUUUUAGAAUUUGCAGUCACAAUUUCUGUUAAAUCCUCUAGGUUUGAGAUAUAUGCUAGUGGUAGAAGGCCUAAUUGCAUACCUGUACUUUCUUCCUCUACCUGGCUCAUAGUUUAUGGCUACAGUGUAGUACUAUACACAAAUCAUCCCUAUACCGGUCUAUCAUAUUUUGCAUUUCAAAGCAUUCACUAUUAUGGGGCCAAUUAUGGCGAUGGAGUUUGAUGACAUCUUUUUUUCAUUUUAGCCACUUAAUUAGCUUACAGGCUAUCUCUAGAAUUCCAAAAUGCUGGGUUGAUUGCUGUAUCAUUUUUUAAUGGUGUUACUAUAUAAUUUUGAAAAGAGCGGUGAUUAAUUUUUAAGUGAACUAAGGGUAAAGUCUGUUACAUAAAUUGAUUUUUUUUAAAUUUGAUAUGCUCUUUUUAAUGUUUGGAAUUGGACAUUUUAUCUUAUGUGUUAUUUGUGCCAAUAAAUAAAUAAAUCAUGGGUGUUAUGGGUGUUGUACCUAGAAACAAAUACCUGCUUCAUUUGUGACCUUGCACAUUUUGGAUUCAUGUGCAUGAAAUCUGCCAAUCGUUGAGAGUUAUACAACCCAUCAUGUUUUAUGGUUGCAACAUGAUUGUUACCUCGGGCUAUUUUUUAACAAUACUUGUGUUUGCAUUUCUAAAUUUCUCGUGAGAAUUGUGGGGCAAGAAAGCUGUAAUAUGAAAAAUCUAUGUGAUGCAUGCACCCUGAUUUUUUAAAUUAAUCAAAUAUUGUUAUUUGGUAUGCCUCUUAACAACUACAAAGAAAAAAAAAGACAUUUCUACUUAUUUUGCCAAGUGAUCGGCAGCCAAUAUCGAUUAGCUCAACUCUGUCUAAAAAAGGAGAGAGCUGGAAAUAAGUACUACUCCCUCGGUUCCCCUAUAUAGUGCGCCUUUGCUUAUGGCGUUUAUACCAAGACGUGUGCUGGCCCUUUUAUCUGGACUAGAAAUGCCCUUUGCUUUUGUCAAACUGUAACGCAUGUGGGUGCAUGCAACUUCGCUGCAGUGGCCCAGCAGAGGGAUAUCUUCGUCCAAAGGUGUUAAUGCGCACUACAUUCCGGAAUUUGAUCCAAAUUGUUAUGCGCACUAUAAUAUGGAACUGAGGGAGUAUAAGAGUGUGGUCAUCGUCUCAUUAGCGCUUAAAUAGUUUUUCAUGGAAGUACCUAAUAUAUUUGGAACUUUUGAUAGCUUGGAAGUUGGAAUCAUUGGAUGCUGUCAGCAGUAUUUUGCUUUACUUGUACACGGCUUAAUGUUCUGUAGCAGUCUACUUGUACAUAGACAUGGCUUAAUAUUCAUUCUACUGGUACAUGGUUUUUUCAGUUUAACAAACAGCCCAAUUGACACAAAUACUCUUCUCAUAGUACUUGGCAUUAAUUUUUUGUAAAGAAGUCUCAGCAUUUUUCAGUUCAUCUGAAAUCUUGCAAACUCUCAGAACACUAUUUCAGAAAAUCUUUUAUUGGAAAAGUUGAACACUCAUGCAUGUUUCAGUUUUGUUGCACCAUCUACAUAAGCUUAAAUUUCUUUUUUGCUUAUCGGUUUAGCUUUUAUCUGAUCUACCGCCUUCCAAUAUGUUCAUGGCAUGAUAAUGG